GUGGUGAAAAUCUCAAAACUUCUUCCUCUUAUUUAUUUUCACAGAAUAUCUUGUGAAGAUGGUGUUAUAACGGAAUUGUUUAAGGGCUACGACAAAGCAAUCAGGCCAAAUCACGGUAAAUAUGUGCAAAAAUAGUUUGUAAAAUAAUAGCUUGUAAAAAGAAAAAUGCAUAUUGUUGUUUCAAGUAAACAUUUUUAAUCCUGAAUAAGCCUUUUCUUUUUUUUUUUCAAGGAACGGGUAAGCCAGUAACGAUUCGUUCAUCGAUUUAUGUGGAAUCCUUUGGAAACAUAGAAGAGGCCAAUAUGGUGAGAUAAAUACGGAUUAAAUUAAGAUUUUAUCAGUUGUUAAUUAAUUGAGAUGCUAAGAGUGAUCCGGUUGGUUGCUGAAAGUUAAAAAAGAAAAAAAGGGAGCUCCUCGAGUUGGAGGAAGAUGAUAAGAAAACACUCUUUCUAUUCCUAUUAUUGCGGUGAACAAAGGAACCAAAUCGAGGCCUGAAAUUGGAAAAUGAAGUGAUCUGUAUAAAUUCUAAUUUUUCGGGUAUGAAGAUUGGUGUGCGCUCACUAGAUGAAGGCACUAGAAAGAUAGAUAAGUAACUAGACGCGCAUUAAUUAAUUAAGAAUUUUGCAUGUCAUUUACUUUCUUUUCGUUUUAAUUUCAGGAAUUCAAGGCAUAUAUCUACUUUCGUCAGUUAUGGAAGGAUCUUCGCCUGAAAGGAAGGGUCAACGACACUUUCACCAUACGAGAUGGAGAGGUCGACAAUAUCUGGACUCCAGAUCCAUAUUGCUACAAUGCACGUGAAUCGAAUAUGAUGACUCCCAAUGAAGAAGUAAAUGUUAAUGUACAGAUUUCCCCCAACGGAAACAUAACAUCGAGCAGAGGGUACGAAUUAGUUUUUCUCUGAGGAGUUAUUUUGAGCUGUUCAGUUGACCCGUUUCCAGGGAGGAACAAUGGUACAAUGAUGAACGUUAAGGCGCGGGAAAAUAAUGCAAGCGCGCCAAAAAGGUGUGGAGCCCAAAGAGUGAUCAGCGUCAAAGUUCUCCUUGUAAUAUCAAUGUUUUGUAAAACAGGGUGGUCAUGAGAAUUAUGGACAUGAUCAAACAAGAUGAAUUUGCUUGAUAUUUUAUCAACUUCUCCCCAAUACUUCUGUAGGAAAUGAAUAGGGGCAACAAAUUAAAAUUCAAAUUUUUACGGGUUAAAGGGUUAAGGCAUUACACGGCCCGAUAUUUCUAUAUAAAAAGUGGGGUCAAUGCAAUGAUGGUAUCAUGUGUGUGUGUCGACAAUAUCUGGACCCCAGAUCCAUAUUGCUAUAACUCACGUGAAUCGAAUAUGAUGACAACCAAUGAAGAAGUAAACCUCUAUGUACAGAUUCCCCCCAACGGAGACAAAGCAUCGAGCAGAGGGUACGAAUCAGUUUAACCCUGAAACCCUUUAUUUUGAGCUGUUCAGUUUUAAGUGGAGGGCAAUGGGAUAACAAUGUUUUUUUGGUGGGGAGGGGGUAGCGCACGUAAGGAAGUGCAGUUGAUACUAAUAAAGGCAUAGACUACUAAAGUGAUGACGUCAUAAAAAUGAAAUUUCUGAAAUUAUGGGAUUUGUUAGGGUAUUUUGAAAGAACAAUGUCCAAGAGGCCUACUUGCCAAAAGUGAGCAUUUCGGGGCAAAUUGUCUCUGAGAUGUUAGCCGGUUAUGCUCAGAAAACUCCAUACAAACCCUUCUAAUUUUUUUGGGGGGUCCACCCAAAAACUCUAUUACAUGGCGAUGUUUCUUUAUAUAGGAUACGGGCAAGACAACAAGUUAAGUGACGCACGUCAACCGGAAGUGGGUUCUUUUCCCUUCUAAGAUGCCUCGACGCUAUCAAAUUUGUAUUCCUAAAUGUCUUUUCUAUCAUAGAGACGAUUUGGUCCAAAAAUUGGUCAAAAUCACGCCCCAGGUCUGCAAAACGUCCACUUCCGGUUGACUUACGUCGCUCAAAAACGUCGUUGUUUAAGCUCCCUGAUGGCAUUAUGUAAUAGCAAGGUAGUCGUCUGUUGUUGUUUUUUAUUUGUUUAUUUGUUUUUUCAAACCUCAGGGUAACUUUACUCGCUUCUUGUGUGAUGAAUCUCCGAACCUUCCCACAUGAUUCUCAGCAAUGCCACCUCAAGUUUGGAAGCUGUAAGUUUUUUUUUUUUUGAUCGUGAUUAAUGUUAAAAAUGUCAUCCUAUGUUUUGCUACUCCUGGCCUAAAAGGGGUUUUCUACGAAAUCCUUUCCAGUUAAUUUAAUUGCAUGGUUAAAGAGAUAAAAGUGGAGGCUAUUCUCUGCUUAAGAGUUUGGUUUCUUUUGCUAACGAGACCAGUGAAAGAAAUCUCUGGGAACAGCCAUCACUGUCCAUAUGCAGAAGCCCAUAACUUCCAUACCAGGCCAAUGAGAGGUUUUCGUUUUAAGCGUGAGUCCGUGAAGUGCGGUUUGACUGUACCUCUGAGAGCGCAAACUGUUCCUCCUGUUUACUUGUAAACCCUUUAACGUUUCAUACUCGCCUCGCCUCAUCCAAACAUUGUUUAACUAACAAUGAUGGUGUUCUUUUUAAUAUAUAUCAUAGACUCGUAUUCAACUAGCGAUAUCGUUUACGAGUGGAUUCCUGGUGAGGUUCAGUUUGGACACAAAGAGCUAUCUCAGUUUCAGCUCAAGGGCUGCGAGUUAACGUCUAAAACAGAAGUUUUUUUGGAGGUGAGCAUAACAUUCAUUGUUUUUUUAUCUCCCGCCCCAGCUCUCUGUCGCUCUUUUUCUGGUUGAGCUUCUCUGGCCUGUCGCCUACUUUCUAUUUUUCUUUCUCUUUUUCUUUCUCUGUUUUCUAAAUUUGUGGACAUGGCAAUUAAUCUAAGCUUAAAACUUUAUGCAACACAGAAACAAUUUCCGCUUUCCGUUUUCGUCUUUAUUGGCUUUUAAGUUGUCUCUGCUUUACAAGAAGCGGGUGGUUAGGCGUUUCCCGCCAAAAUAACCUCGAGUUGCAUUUAGCUUGCCAUACUUGUUUAUUGAGUUAUUUUACAUUCAUAUGCCUGUGGUACGGACAGACGGGCGGACGUACGGUCACGUGAUUACCCAAAUUUCUCGGAUGGGUAGAUUACCAGAUUUUCUUAGGUAAUUGGGGCUACGCUCUCGCGCGCGUGGAGCUCCGCUGCAAAUGACGCAAAAAAAUUAACUGUUUAUUUCGAAUUUUGAGCCUUUAGUUAUACUGUUAGCAACGACAUCAAAAACUUAAAUAAUCUUAUCAAAAUUGAUUUUCCUCUUAUUCAAAAUGGGUAAGGCAGACAGUUUCAAACCAAACCCUCAUGUUAGAACGGACCUCAAUUAUUUUGUUUAUUUAUCUACUCAUAUAUUCACAUUUUUAGUUAUUUAUUUGUUCAAUGUAUGAAUAAAAUGGUUUGCAAAUCCUCAAAACUUACUUAACUUGUACUUAAUUUUUAGCGAACUUCUCGACCAUAACAGUCACAUUUUCCUUCGAAAGACGCAUCGGCUACUUCCUCAUCCAAGUCUACUUUCCAGAUAUUUUUGUUGUGAUGCUAAGCUGGGUCGUCUUUUGGAUGGAAAAAGAAGAUAUUGGCAACAGAAUGGCUCUUGGAAUCACCACCAUACUCACAAUCAUGUUCCUUCUUGGAUCACUUAAUGGCAACCUACCCAAAGUCAGUUACCCAAAAGCCCUGGACUGGUAUCUACUGGUCUCCUUCAGUUUUGUGUUCUUGUCGCUGAUCGAAUGCAUGAUAGUGUAUCUCUUCGUGGCUGAAGCCAAACAAGACAAACAAAAGCCGAUAAAAGUCAUGGUAAAUGGAUUAAUGUUAGCCAGAAAGAUGACUUGA